AUGGGGAAAGAGAAGGAGAAAAAGCAGGAGUUGAUCAAGAACCCGAAAGGAACGCGCGACUGGGCCGGCGAAGACGUUGACCUUCUGGAAGAUAUCCUGGCGCAAAUCUCUCGAGUCUUCCGGCGUCAUGGCGGCAAGAAGCUGGACACACCGGUGUUUGAGCGGGAAGAAGUGCUGAAGGGCAAAUAUGGCGAGGACUCCAAACUGAUCUAUGACCUCAAAGACCAAGGGGGUGAACUGCUGUCGCUACGUUAUGAUCUGACGGUUCCGUUUGCCAGAUGGUUGGCCAUGAACGCCAAUAUCAAGAACUACAAGAGGUUCGCCAUCAGCAAAGUCUACAGAAGAGAUCAGCCCGCGAUCGCCAAAGGGCGCAUGCGAGAAUUCUACCAGUGCGAUAUUGAUUUUGCGGGAGCUAGCGAUCCAAUGAUCGCGGACAGCGAAGUCAUCGCGAUCAUCGUCGAGGUCUUUGAAUCGUUGGAGUGGACUGGGAGGUACACCAUCAAGCUCAACGACCGAAGGAUACUGGACGGGCUGUUCGAAGUAUGCGGGGUUCCUGAAGACAAGAUCAGAAUGAUCUCGAGUGCGGUCGACAAGCUGGACAAAUUGCCGUGGGAGGAGGUGAAGAAAGAGAUGGUGGAGACCAAAGGUCUGGACGAAGCUGUCGCUGACAAGAUCCAAACGUACGUGACAAGAAAGGGUGGGAGAGAUCUCCUACAAGAGCUGCAGAAAGACGAGACGUUGAUGAGCAAUGCCAAAGCAAAGAAGGGCGUUGAAGAAAUGGAGACCUUGAUGGACUAUCUUUCGGCAUGGGGGGCGCUGGAUAAGGUCUCGUUUGACCUUUCACUAGCUCGUGGCCUGGACUACUAUACUGGUGUCAUCUACGAGGUCAUCACAGAAGGGUCUGCGCCCGUCAUCGCCAAUGGAACCGACGUGGCACAGGAGGUACAGAAGAAGGGCAAGAAGGAGAAGAAAGUACUGGACGAGGACGAAGACCGUUCAAAUGAUCCAUCGGUUGGUAUCGGAUCGGUCGCAGCCGGUGGCCGAUAUGACCACCUCGUCGAACGUUUCCGACCGAAUGCGGACCUACCAUGUGUGGGUGUGAGCUUUGGUGUCGACCGGAUUUUCAGCAUCACCAAAGCCAGGAUUGCGAAGGGCGAGAACUUCAGCUACAUAUCUUCCAAUGCCCCAGACGUCUAUGUUAUGGCCUUUGGUGGUGGUGGGUUCGACGGGAUGGCCAAACAGCGGAUCGAGAUAACGAAGAUCCUGCUGGAUGCAGGCCUCAAGGUGGAAUUCACAUACAAAAAGAAGCCUAAACCACAGGUUCAGUUCAAGAAUGCAGAGCAAGCUGGCGCGCCUUUCGCCGUCAUCCUUGGCGAGGACGAGCAAGCAAAAGGAGAGGUUCGCGUGAAGGAGAUGGGGUUGCCCGAGGGACAUCCGGAAAAGGAGGGUGUGCUCGUCAAGAUCAGCGAUCUCGCCGCCGAAGUGACAAAGCGAGUUGACACGAGGAAAGUGACGACUAAGACGGGCAGCAUAGCUGUGAGCUGA